CUAAGAUUUGCUGGCAAAAAACGCUAAAGUAAAGUGUGAGCAUUGUUUUGUGCGAUACUGUUACUGCUACCUACGAGUUUUGGAAGAGAAAAGAGAAUGGCGGCUACUGUAUCUGCUUGGUCUAAACCCGGUGCUUGGGCACUCGAUUCAGAGGAACACGAAGCCGAACUCCUUCAACAAACCAACAACAAUGAUACCAAACCACUAGCUGAAUUCCCUUCUCUCGCUGUUGCUGCUGCUACAAAGCCCAAAAAGAAGAAAGCCCAAACCCUAUCUUUGGCUGAAUUCACUGCCAAACCACUUUCUUCCUUUACACAACAAGAUCCCGUUGAUCUCCCCACCGGUCCACGUCAACGAACCGCUGAGGAACUCGAACGUGAUAGGACUCGUAUUGGUGGCGGCUUUAGAUCUUACGGUGACCGUCCUAAUCGGACUGGUGGAGGUGAUGAGGGUUCUAAUUCCAGAUGGGGUUCGUCUAGGGUUUCUGAUGACUUGAGACGAAACAAUUCUUUUGGUUCUAGGGAUUCGAAUCGUGAGUCGGCGCCGCCUUCUAGAGCGGAUGAGAUUGAUAAUUGGGCGGCUGCUAAGAAAACUUCUGUUGGUGUUGGGAAUGGGUUUGAGCGAAGGGAAAGGGAUAAUAGGGAAAGAGGUGGAGGUGGUUUUUUCGAUUCGCAGUCACGUGCUGACGAAUCUGAUAGUUGGGUUUCGAGUAAGAGUUUUGUUCCGUCCGAGGGACGGAGAUUUGGUGGUUCCGGUGGUGGUUUUGAGAGAGAGAGGAAGGUAGGGUUUGGUACUAGUGGUGGUGCUGAUUCGGAUAAUUGGAAUAAGAAGAAAGGUGAAUUCAGUGUUGGAAGUGAAAGAAACGAGAGUGUUGCUGGUGGAAGGCCUAGGCUUGUUUUGCAACCACGUUCGGUGUCCGCGAGUAAUGAAAAUCAAAAUCAGGAUGUUGCUGCUGCUGCUGUUGUUUCUGGGAAUGUAGCUAAGCCUAAAGGUGCAAAUCCAUUUGGAGAGGCAAGGCCAAGGGAGCAGGUUUUGGCGGAGAAAGGACAGGAUUGGAAGAAGAUUGAUGAGCAACUUGAGAGCAUGAAGAUUAAAGAGACAGUGGUUGAAGGGUUUGGAAAGAGGGGUUUUGGUUCUGGUAAUGGACGCGGUGAAGAUCGAUCCGAGAGGAGUUGGAGGAAGUCUCCAUCUGAAGAUGGCCUUUCAGAAAGUGCUGAGAAAGUGGAAGAUGUACACGUUGAAGAAAACUAAAGAGCUAUGAUAUCAAUUACUACUUUUGUCCCUGCAGAUAGAUUGAGAAGGGAGUUGGAAAGGAACAUCAAAUAUCAGAAACUUAAUUUUUUUGUUUCCCAUUGAAGUUUUGCUUUUACUUAUAUGUUUUUUAUUGUGAGACAAUGCUAAAACUGGUAAAAGACAUUUUUGAUAGGUAUGUUGGUAGCUUAGGCAGUCUCAGUAUUUAUGGUUAUGUCUGUAGCUGAAUGUUGCCGUAAUCAGUUUAAAUUUUAUCAAUUCAUAUUCUGUAUAAGCUUGGCGGUGAACUGCCGAUUUUGGUAUUCAUGUGGUUUUCUUGUUCUCC